GUGCAAGGGCAGAUGGAAAGAGGUAUACAAAUGCUCACCGUUCAGCCGGACACCAAGCCAAAAGGCUGUGCCGGCUGCAACCGGAAGAUCAAGGAUCGCUACCUGCUGAAGGCUCUGGAUAAGUACUGGCAUGAGGACUGCCUGAAAUGUGCGUGCUGCGAGUGCAGGCUGGGAGAAGUGGGCUCCACUCUCUACACCAAAGCCAACCUCAUCCUCUGUCGGAGAGACUACUUAAGGUUGUUUGGUGUGACGGGGAACUGUGCAGCCUGCAGCAAGUUAAUUCCAGCCUUUGAGAUGGUCAUGAGAGCCAAGGAGAACGUCUACCACCUGGACUGCUUUGCAUGCCAGCUCUGCAACCAGAGGUUUUGUGUAGGAGACAAAUUUUUCCUCAAGAACAACAUGAUUCUGUGCCAGACGGACUAUGAAGAAGGGCUGAUGAAGGAGGGCUACGCUCCACAGGUUCGCUGACUGUUGUGGGAUGAAGAGAAGAUCUAA